UCACAUUGACGGACGCGCCGAAUAAGACAGAGCAAUAAACCAAAAAAUCAAAAAAAAAAAAAAAACAAAAAACGGAAGCAAAUAAAUCCAUUAAUUGCUUAUACAGUGAAAUAAUAAAAUACAUCUAUAUAAUUCAAAAUGUUGAGAUAUUUGUGUCUUGUGGUUAUAGUGCAACUAUUUUGGCCAGUUCACUCUGAAGCGCCUGCUUAUAUUAAGCAAUGUCGUCGAGAUGAUCCCAAAUUGGUGGAUUGUUUUAUCGGUGCUGUGGAACACUUGAAACCAUAUUUGGCUAGUGGUAUACCGGAAAUUCAGUUGCCUUCGGUGGAGCCUUUUAAAAUGGAUUCAUUGGCUCUCCAGCUGACCGAAGGACCUCAAGGCUAUAAGAUCACCCUGAAAAAUAUGGAGGCCUUUGGCGCCAGCAAUUUCCAAGUGAAAUCCUUGAAACUGAGUGAGAACAAUGAACCCUUCAAGGCUCGCAUAAUCAUGCCGAAACUGAAAAUUGAGGCCAAAUACACGAGCUCAGGUGUCCUGCUGAUCAUUCCAGCCUCGGGUGGUGGAGAUUUCCACGCCACCUUCGAGGGUGUCAGUGCGGAUUUGACUGGCAAGACAUCCAUUCGUGAUGUUAAAGGGGCCAAGUACUUGCACAUUGAUUCCCUGGGCCUAGUUCUGGAUGUCAAGGAUGUGAAAAUGAGCAUAUCCCGAGCCUUUAACAACAACCGCAUUUUGUUGGAGGCCACAAAUCUGUUUUUGAGCGAAAACUCUCAGGUGGUUUUGGAGGCCAUGCAGGCUCAGCUUCAAAAGAAAUUGGCCAGUGAAUUUGGCAAACUUGCCAAUCAGCUGCUGAAGAAUGUUCCUAUUGAGCAGUUUUAUGUGAAUUAGUUCCUAAAUUUAAAUAUUUAUGUUUGUACCAACUAGUUAAUGCUAUCUACCAAGUAUUAAAUACUGAUCAAAAUUCAAAAGGA